AUGUCUAUCAGUACCAACAAUAGUACCUAUAAUGACACAAUCCACUAUCCACCGCCUCCUCCAUUACAAUGUAUUCCGUGGUUAGCUUUAUUAGGCACUGAAUGUCUGACAAUUGUCAUCCUCAAUGCCAUAAUCAUAAUUGCAUUUGUGAAGCAGCGCCAGCCACAGCGCCGGAGUAAAUGCUUGAUCAUCCACCAGACCAUGGUCGAUCUAUUGGUCGGGUUGGUGCACGGGCCUCUGAUGAUUGAAUGGUGCGGAAGCAUUUGUAAUCUGUGGGCGUACCAUAGAUCUUUUAUCACUUGGUUACUUAUGCUACAAACUGUUUUAGGUUUUCAAGUUUAUCAAGUUUCCUUUCUUAACCUUGCUGCCAUUUCAUUAGAACGAGUACACGCUACAUUUCGUCCUUUCAAGCAUCGUUUCAUUAAGAAAUGGGUUUAUGGAGUGAUUAUAACAGUCAUUUGGUUGGUACCUACCGUCAUGAACUCGAUAUCAUCUGGAAUAGUGCCCUUUACUUUUUUCUUCGCCUAUUAUGCAAUAAUCGUUUUUGCAUUUUAUUUUACUGUACUUUUUGUUGUAGUGGUAUGUUAUACUUCUAUUUGUCUCAAAGUCCGUUGCAAUCAUCAUCCUCGCCAUCAUUGUACAGCCGGUGUUAGGGAAAGAAAACUGACGGGUACUUUAUUUCUUGUCACUUUUGAAUCGUUAGUAACGUUCCUUCCAGAGAUUGUUUACUGGGGUUCUUGGGCUUCCAGUCCCGAGUCUUUUUUCAGCUUUCCCAGUCAGUUAUCAUUUAAUUAUUUAAUGGUAACAAUAACAUUUGUAGUGGCCAACUCGUUGAUAAAUCCCAUAAUCUAUGCUGUACGAAUGCCUGAGGUAAGAACAAGCAUAUUAGUAAUAAUUUUCCGUAGGGCUCAGAACUUCAUAAAUCCAAUCGAUAUCCCACUUCAAAAUCGAUAA